AUGAAAAUAGUUGUUAAAUAUUUCUAUACAAUUUGCUAAUAGGAAUAAAGAAAGGAAACCAUUCGAUAAAUGAUAGCCGAAUAUUUUGAUGAGAAUAUAGAAUUUGAUAAAGAAAUUUUCAAAGAUUACUAGGAGUUUUUGUAAUUCAUAUUUCCAUUCAGACUAAAAAGUCUCAAUAAAUUGGGAGAAACAAAGAAUCAUCAUUUUUGUAAGAUUCUAAUAUCAGAAUUGAUCUAGACCUAAUAAAUUAUGGAUACUAUGUUAAUUGAAUUAAGAAAAGAGUUAAGCCAAUCAGAUAUUUUAAAUAUAUAUAAGUAAAUUGACUCAAGUUCUGAUGGUUUUAUAGAUGUCAUAAAAUUAAAAAAAUAUCUAUCAUAACAGUUUAAUUUUUAAACUUCUAAUGAUGAUUUGAUUUAUAUUUUUAGAAGAAUGGACAAAGAUGGAGAUGGAUUUAUAAGCAUGGUAGAAUUUAUAGAUGAAUUUACUUUUGAAAUGCAAUAGAUUUCUUAAAUGUCAACUAUGGCUUAAACUAGAUAGCAAUCAUAAACAUCAUCAUAAACAUAAUUUGUGCCUCCAUACUCUGAAGACUGUCGAGAAUUUGCCUUAUUCAUUUCAAAAUUAUUAACAAUUACUGUUUUAGAUGAAGAAGAAUUACUUAAAUUGAAAAGACAUUUUAUUAAAUAGAAAAAACAAUCAUUUUUAAAUUUAUUUGAAGAUAUCGCACAUUCUAUUUAUUUAGAUUAAAGAGAUCUUCUUAAUUUAUUAUAAUAGUAAUUAGUUUCUUAUCAUAUUGUUAGUUUUAAAAUAAGUGUGACUACUGAUUUGGACAAGAUAUGUAAAUUAUUCAAUGAAAAUAAUCCAGAUUAAAUUGAUUUUCAGGAUUUUCUAAAAUUUUUUACUUUUUGA